GGGCGGGCGGCUGCGCGGGCGCUGCGCACUCGGGCCGCUCUCCGCCCUUGAAGCCCCCGCUCGGCGCCCCGGGACCAUGGCGGUGCCCGCGGCCCUCCUGCGCGGCGGCGCCCGUGGGCGCGGUGCCCUGCUUCGGAGACUGAUGCAGGAAAUAAGACAUGUAGAGCGAAGUUAUGUUUCAAAACCCACUUUGAAUGAAGUGGUCAUAGUAAGUGCCACCAGGACCCCCAUCGGCUCCUUCCUAGGCAGCCUCGCCUCUGUGCCAGCCACCAAGCUGGGCUCCAUCGCGGUGAAGGCGGCCAUUGAAAAGGCAGGGAUUCCAAAGGAGGAGGUUAAGGAGGCCUACAUGGGGAAUGUCAUACAAGGAGGCGAAGGCCAGGCCCCCACCCGGCAAGCCGUGCUGGGAGCAGGUUUGCCCAUUUCUACUCCUUGCACAACCAUCAAUAAAGUCUGUGCCUCUGGGAUGAAGGCCAUUAUGAUGGCCUCUCAGAAUCUCAUGUGUGGGCAUCAGGACGUGAUGGUGGCAGGGGGUAUGGAGAGCAUGUCCAACGUGCCCUAUGUCAUGAGCAGAGGAGCGACGCCAUACGGAGGGGUCAAGCUGGAAGAUCUGAUCGUGAAAGAUGGCCUCACUGAUGUCUACAAUAAGAUCCAUAUGGGCAACUGUGCUGAGAACACUGCAAAGAAAAUGAACAUUGCACGCGAGGAACAGGAUGCCUACGCCAUUAACUCCUACACCAGAAGUAAAAAAGCGUGGGAGGCGGGAAAAUUUGCGGAUGAAGUUACUCCUGUCACAAUUACAACCAAAGGUAAACCAGAUGUAGUAGUAAAAGAAGAUGAAGAAUAUAAACGUGUUGACUUCAGCAAAGUGCCAAAGCUCAAGACAGUCUUCCAGAAAGAAAAUGGUACAGUAACGGCUGCCAAUGCCAGCACGCUCAACGACGGAGCCGCCGCCCUGGUUCUGAUGACUGCAGAUGCCGCCAAGAGGCUCAAGGUCAAGCCACUUGCCAGAGUAGCAGCAUUUGCAGAUGCUGCUGUAGACCCUAUUGAUUUUCCGAUUGCUCCUGCACAUGCUGUGCCAAAGGUUCUUAAAGAUGCAGGACUGAAAAAAGAAGAUAUUGCAAUGUGGGAAGUAAAUGAAGCUUUCAGCGUGGUUGUAUUAGCAAACAUCAAAAUGCUAGAGAUUGACCCUCAAAAAGUGAAUAUCAACGGAGGAGCCGUUUCUUUGGGACAUCCAAUUGGGAUGUCGGGAGCCAGGAUUGUUGUUCAUAUGGUUCAUGCCCUGAAGAACGGAGAAUAUGGCCUUGCCAGUAUCUGCAAUGGAGGAGGAGGUGCUUCUGCCAUCCUAAUCCAGAAGCUGUAGACCAGGGUACUCUGGCCAGACAGCCCCACUGCAAUCUGUGUGUCUGACUGCCCCAUCAGCUGAUACUCAGAAUAAUUGGUACUGUUGUUUUUAUUAUUUUCUAACUUUUUUUUUUAAAUCAAAUUCCUAAACUUCUUGAGAUUACAAAUAAACUUUUCUUCUGCUUUGA